AUGCCCAUGCUUAAAGAUCCCUCGACGAAAUACAAGAGAUUUCCUCCUAUUCAAUUGGCGGACAGACAAUGGCCUUCCAAAACCAUCGAUAAACCUCCAAGAUGGCUCAGCACAGAUUUGCGAGAUGGCAACCAAAGUUUAGUCGACCCUAUGGAUGGUGAACAAAAAUGGAAAUACUUUAAGAUGUUGGUAGAGCUUGGUUACAAGGAAAUUGAAGUCUCAUUCCCAUCCGCUUCGCAAACAGAUUUCGAUUUCACCAGGCGCCUUGUUGAAACUCCCGGUGUCGUACCAGAUGAUGUCUGGCUCCAAGUUCUCUCACCAUGUCGUGAAGAAUUCAUGAAGCGAACCGUUGACUCCCUCAAGGGAGCCAAGAAGGCUAUUCUACAUAUUUACCUUGCUACCAGCGAAUGCUUCCAGAGAAUUGUAUUUGGCUUGAAUGAGGAAGAAGGUUUGGCAUUGGCAGUCAAGUGCGCAAAAUAUGCUCGAUCCAUUACAAAGGACGAUCCCGAACACGCCGGUACUGAGUGGGCUUUCGAAUUCAGUCCUGAAACUUUUUCGGAUACUAAUCCAGACUAUGCGAUCCGGGUGUGUGAGGCAGUCAAGGAGGCAUGGGGUCCGACAGUAGAGAAUCCAAUCAUCUUCAAUCUCCCCGCAACAGUCGAAAUGUCAACUCCAAAUGUCUACGCAGAUCAGAUCGAAUACUUCUGCAGAAAUAUAACAGAGAGAGAAAAGAUUUGCGUCAGCUUACAUCCACAUAAUGACCGAGGAUGUGCUGUUGCAGCUGCAGAGUUGGCACAAAUGGCUGGUGCUGACAGAGUUGAGGGUUGUUUAUUCGGAAACGGAGAGAGAACAGGAAAUGUGGAUUUGGUCACUUUGGCUUUGAACCUCUACACUCAAGGCAUCAACCCUGGUAUUGAUUUCUCGGAUCUUGAGCGGGUCAUUGAUGUUGUGGAAAUUAGCAAUAAGAUUCCAGUUCACCCAAGAGCUCCUUACGGUGGUUCCUUGGUUGUGUGUGCGUUCAGUGGCUCUCACCAAGACGCAAUCAAGAAGGGUUUCCAACUCCGAAAGAAGGGAAAUCACGGAGACGAGAACCGCUGGGAGGUACCGUAUCUUCCACUCGAUCCUCAGGACAUUGGACGUACUUACGAAGCUGUGAUCCGUGUCAAUUCACAGAGUGGUAAGGGUGGAGCUGCUUGGAUUAUCUUGAGAAACCUUGAGCUUGAUCUCCCAAGAGGAUUACAAGUUGCUUUCAGCAAAGUAGUUCAAAAGCGUGCGGAUGAACUUAGCCGCGAGCUUCUCUCACGGGAAAUUCAAGACUUGUUCGAGCAAACUUACUACCUCAAGCACAAUCCAAGAUUCAGCCUUGUCGAUUACUCUAUCAGUACCGACAGAAGUGCCUCACCCGUGCCACCCGCUCCAGGCAAGACACAAGAUACGACAAAUUUGAAGCGUCGAUUCGAAGGUGUCAUUUCAAUUGACGGACAGGAACACGAAUUGAAAGGAUUAGGAAAUGGACCCAUUUCUAGUUUGGCAAAUGCUUUGAAGAGCUUAGGUAUUGAUCUCGAGGUAGUAGAUUACAAGGAGCAUGCAGUUGGUGCCGGUACAAAUGUCAAGGCUGCGUCUUACAUCGAAUGUACAGCUACAGGCUCUAAGCAGAAAGUAUGGGGUGUUGGAGUUCACGAGGAUGUUGUUCAAUCGUCUUUGAUUGCUCUUUUGAGUGCAGCUUCAAAUUUCAUGGCAAGCAGACCUACAACACCAUUACUCCUCAAGGGUAAGAAUGGUGUGAGCACCAGCCGUGACGUUAAUGUCGACGACUCACAAAAAGAGAACGGCGGCCUUGCAAUUCCUAAACCUACCACCGCAGCAAAGAGUGGACCGGAUGCAGUGAGUGUCUUGGAGGCUAAGGUCAAUGAAGCAUAA